AUCCGAGUAAAGCAACCCCGGGCAGCUCCAUCCAGGGGAGCGCUGGAACACACCAGAGAACCAGGCGAAUCUACAAUCACCGCCACUGAAUGCAGCGCGUAAAAGAGAACCGUGAAAUUCCCCCCCAGCCCUGAGGGCCCCUUUUGUGCGGUUCCGCUAACUCAGCAAGCCUCCCGCUAUAUAGACCGGCUGUGCUCCGGCCGGACACUGAACUCACCACGGUCAGCCAGCCAUGGGGAAGAUCACCUUCUACGAGGACCGAGGCUUCCAGGGCCGCUGCUACGAGUGCAGCACUGACUGCCCCAACCUGCAGACCUACUUCAGCCGCUGCAACUCCAUCCGCGUGGACAGUGGCUGCUGGAUGCUCUAUGAGCGCCCCAACUACCAGGGCCACCAGUACUUCCUGAGGCGCGGGGACUACCCUGACUACCAGCAGUGGAUGGGUUUCAGUGACUCCAUCUGCUCCUGCCGCCUCAUCCCUCACACAGGUUCCCACAGAGUGCAGCUGUAUGAGAAAGAAGACCACAAGGGCCUCAUGAUGGAGCUGAAAGAAGAUUGCUCCUGCAUCCAAGACCGCUUCCACCUCACUGAGGUGCACUCGCUGCACGUGCUGGAGGGCUGCUGGGUACUCUACGAGAUGCCCAACUACCACGGCAGGCAGUAUCUGCUGAGGCCUCAGGAGUACCGGCGCUACCACGACUGGGGUGCCGUGGAUGCCAAGGCAGGCUCUUUGAGGAGGGCGGUAGACUUAUACUAAAAUAGGUUAACACUACCAUUUUCUCAUUUUGGAACCUAAUAAAGUAUUUAGUCUGUAUUG